AUGGCGGCGAACGGUACACCGGUCACGCAGUUCGCUCUGCUUAGGCUAAUAGAACGGGCGGUCCUCCUAGCCCUGGCAAGGCAACGAGGAUAACCAGGCCACAAAAACGCUACGACACGUUCAACACCGCUGCCCCAGUCCUCCGCCCGUCGAUCAUGCGCCUCUCAGGUAUCGGGGGCUGCCUCUGCCGACGAGGGGCGAUCUAAUCACGGAGUACCAGGAUACCAAAGAAACGGAAAACGGACGCGCCACGGUGACUGUCUGCGAUUCGGAACCCUCAACUGCCGUACGCUUGCAAACGAUACAGCGAUCGAACAACUACUAACGGCAAACCGAAAAGCAAACAUCGACAUAUUGGCGCUCCAGGAAACGAAAUCUCGGAAGACCAGCUGCGACAAGACGAAGAACGGAGAGCUUCUCAUCCUUGGAGAGAAAGUAAACGGAAAGAACAUCGGAGGGAUCGGCUUCCUCAUCAACGAGUCUGUCCAGUCAGCUGUCGACUCCUUCGAAAUCGUCAACGCCCGGCUCGGCAUUCUUCGCCUCGACUUUGGAAAUAAAGGAAAGAUAGCUCUAAUAAACGUAUACGCCCCGACUGCCACCGCAAACGAAGAAAAUCUCGACGACUUCUACAGGAUGCUCGAAGACACGAUCAGAAGAGAGAAAGCCUACUACAUUUACGUGCUGGGUGAUUUCAACGCAAUCGUGGGCAAGAGCGACCUUGCCACAGCUCGCCACGGAAAGUACGGCCUCGGAUCGCGAAACGAAAACGGCGAGAGACUGAUCGACCUUCUCGACGCAAGGAAACUCUACCAUGGCAACUCACUUUUUGAGAAACCUGAUCAACGACGUUGGACCUGGAAAUCCGCGAACGGCGCAACCACCAACGAGAUCGACCAUAUCCUCACGAAUCGGAAAUGGACUCUUCUUGACGUUGCCGUACUACCGAGCUUCGACAUCGGAUCAGACCAUCGACUAGUCCGCGCAAAAAAAUCCGCAUCAACAGCAAGGUCAGGAAACGUGAUCUCCACCAACCACCACGUCCAAGAAGACCGGUCUACGACGCAGCCACAUUGGAGAAGAACAUCUCGGAGUACAAAUGGUCACACAACGAUGACCCGACGAUUGACUACAAGAACCUCUGCGACGGCCUUAUAAGAUGCGCCGAACCCGCUGCCCGAUCGACCUCAUCACUUCCUCCUCGAAUCGACCAGAAAGCGAAGGAAAUGCUAAGGAAACGAGGAGAGAUCAAACGCGACCCGGCUUCCACGCACCUUGAACGUCUAACCAUCGACAAAGCGUGCAGAAUCGCGGUCGAAACAUCGCUCGCAAAUCGACGCAAAAACGCCCUUCUCCUGACAGCCGAAAAACACCAAAGCAUCCGGAAAAAGAAGUUCGAACUAAUAGACCUAACGACGGUGAUGACGGCUCUAAAAGACAAAUGGUCACUUGAAAACUUCGCGCAAAGAAAUGGAAGACCUCACAGUUGACUACUACACAAGGCUCUUCCAAAGCAGCGUAGCAGUACCAAGAUCAGCGGCUCCACCAGCAGAGGAAGAACCUCCGAUCAUCGAAGAAGAAGUUGCUCACGCUAUCCGAAGGUUGAAGAAUGGAACGGCGGCCGGCCCCGAUAACAUCUCGACAGAAAUCCUCAAAUCCGGAGGCGACGCCCUGAACCGCCUGCUCGCCAAACGCUUCUCCACCUAUCUGAAAAACAACGAGAUCCCGGAGCAAUGGAAGGUCUCAAAAAAACCAUCUUGAUCCCCAAAAAAGGCGACCUAACCGACCUGAACAACUUCCGACCAAUAUCACUAUUAUCGGUCGUCUACAAGUUGUUUACCAAGAUCAUCGUCAACCGCCUAGAGAAGAAGCUCGACGACUUCCAACCACCGUCACAAGCCGGGUUCCGGCGGAACUUCUGCUGCCUAGACCACAUCCACACCUUGACUCAGGUUGUGGAGCGUCAUCGAGAAUACCACCUCCCCCUGGCAUUGGCUUUUUGUAGACUACCGGAAAGCCUUUGACAGCGUCGAGAUCAACGCCAUCCUGAACUCGCUCGUCGCCGCAGGAAUCCCCACGAAGUAUAUCGACCUCAUCGAAAAAGUGCAACGAGGGAACGUCGACUACAAUCCAACUGUUCAAUAAAAAAACUCACGAUCCCCAUCGGGAAAAGGCGUUCGACAAGCGAGACACAAUCUCUCCGAAGCUCUUCUCCACAGCCCUAGAAGAUGCAAUGCGUCAACUCGGCUGGGACACCAACCGAGACUGGGAAGAUGGAAACGUUAUCAAAGGCAUCAACAUCGACGGCAAGAUCUUAACAAAUCUUCGCUUCGCCGACGACAUUGUCCUCUUCGCCAACAACACCUCCGACCUGUCAUCCAUGCUCAACGAUCUAGACGCCGUCGGAAAGAAGAUCGGACUCAGAUGAACGAGAAGAAAAACGCAGUGGAUGAGGAACCGCUUCUGCGACCAAGGCAACGUCACCCUCGAAGGACGAGACCUGCUUGAAGUCAACUCCUACGUAUAUCUCGGCCGAGAAGUCAACAUGACGAACGAUUUAAAAACCAGAGAUAGCAAGACGCCGACGAGCUGGAUGGGCCGCGUUUAACUCCAUAAAAAGAAGUUACCAACCAGCUGAAAGACCCAAAACUGCGAGCGCAUAUCUUCGAAGCAUCCGUCAUCCCCGCCAUCUCCUACGCGACUGAAGUUUGGCCUGACACGAAGAACACCACGACCGCCCUACGAACAUCUUACCGCGCAUUGGAACGUGCACUCCUCGGUACCACUCGCUUCGAACAGUGGAAAAAAGAACAGACGAGCACAGACCUCCGUCAGCGGUCCCAAAUCCAGGACCUCGAAGAGCACAUUCAACGCGGGAAGCAUCGCUGGGGAGGCCACGUCAUUCGCAGACAAGAUGACCGCUGGUCGACGAGAACGACCCACUGGAUCCCGAGAAACAUCAAGCGCCCACUCGGGCGCCCACCGACCAGAUGGACGGACUACUUUCGCAAGAACAUCAGUCAACCAGGCCGCCACUGGAUGACCGUUGCGCAAGACCGGGCCGCCUGGAGAACGUGUGGUCCACGCUGA